AUGUCAGAUAAGGUACCCCAUCCAAACUCUAUCUUUCUUUCUCUAUUCCCACUCCUUCAAUUACACUUCUUUCUUUUUGUUAUCUCUCUCUCGUCCGUACUCUAUCUUUCUCUCACUCUACCGCUAUCUCUCUCUCUCUCUCUCUCUCUCUCACUUUUUCUCUCUUUCUUUCUUUCUUUUUUUCUUUCUUGUUGCGUUCACACUCUUCUUUUUCUUACAAAUCAUUUUCAAAUACCUGGACAUCUCUUUCCUGUCCUUUAUUUCUCAUAUAAUUCUUCUUCAUUUAUGCUGUCCUCAGAUUCUCUCGUCUUUUCUUCUUCUUCCUGUUUUUUUUUCGUCUCUCACCACCACCACCACCACUACCACCACGAUCAAUCAUUUAUUGACGAUAUAAGCACUCCCCUCCCAAGCCCGACCUCUGUCGUGGCUGCACUUCAAGCAACCCAACCUAUUCCACUCGACGUCACAGAUUCAUCAUAUGAUUACUGCUUCGGCAAAAAGAGCGCGACCGAUACGAUCGCUAUCAGCAGACUCGUUAACCGUUCGCAGACCCGUCGGGUUAAAUCUUUCGACUUAUCAGACGGAAGUUGCCCUACUGGACCGGCGAGCUGUUGUUUAAUGGGGCGAGUUUUCUGUCAUUUUCUCUCUCACUCUCUCGCAAUCUUUCUUUCUCUCUGUGUCAUACCCACUUUUUUCUCUUUCCCUACCACCCUGUCAACCAUAUCUCUCUAUCAGUCGCUUCCUCUCUCAAUUAUAUCUUUUUCCAUCUUUCCUUUCUUCUCUCUCCCACUUUCUCCUGUUUACUUUCGUUCUUUCUCCCACUUUCUCUCUCUCCCUCAUUCUUUCUCUCACUCCCAACUUCGUAUUUCUCUUCCCCUUUCCGUAACUGUUGUUUCCUACCUCCUUUAUUGUCUCUCUUUAUAUCCUUCUCAUUUUGAAUCUAUCUCUUUUUACUUCUCCCUCUCUCAUAUCCCUUUCUCUUCUUUUAAUUUCCGUCUACCCUUUCUCCGUGUUUUUCAACAUCUCUGUCCUCUCUAUUUGCCUCACUUCCCUCUCUCUCCAUGUAUAUUUUCAUCUCUCUUUCUCUUCACCUCGCUCUUCUAUUCUCUCUUUCUCUUCAUUUCUCCUUACUGCUCUAUCUCUCUUUCUCUCCUUUUACACUUUCUAUUUAGUCACCCUCUCUACUUUACUUUCUUUCUAUGUUUUUUCUCUCUCUGUUUGAUGGUUCCUUUUCUUUCCUGCUCUCUCACUUUCUCUUUUCUUUGUAUGUAA